AAAAGGUUUGAUUUAUAUUUGCUAAUAAUUAGAUCUUCAUUUUCUGUUUUGAUGUAUAUUAUACCAAGGAAAGCCGAAGAAAAUACCAUCAUUAUUGUAGAAAAACAUAUCAAAGGAAUACAAGCACUAUAA